CGGUACCGUCCUCUCACCUCGCGUUGCAGUUUCCAGUACUGUCCUCUUUAUUCUUCCGUUGACGUCUUUCUCAACUCUAUUCUCUCAUCGAUCGUCUUCUUCUCAAUCCUCUCUCCCUCCUCUGUCUUUGGAUCCUGAAUCUUCAGUUAAUGCUUGGUAUUAUACUAUUAUACUGAACCCCAUUAAUACAGGGAAGAACUGUCACAGAGAUUAAUUGUGAAACUCGUCUACUUGGGAUUUUCCUUUUAAUUAAGCAUGGCGGGAGACGGGAACUCUCAGCAUAGGCAGCUCGAUCAGACACCCACAUGAGCAGUUACUGUCGUUUUUAAUUCUAUAAUUAGAGUGUGUUUUCUUCUUUUUCUCUCGUGUUUCUCACUUGAGUUUCUGAAGAAAAUUAAUCGGUACCUUUUAUUUUUUUACUGGUUUUCUAGUUUGUAUCUUGAGUUCGAGUUGCAUAGAUUGGCCUUCUGUUUUUUUUUUUUUUAGAAUCAUUUUUAGUUUUUUUUUGGUCUUUUUUUCUUUAAUUUUGUCUAUAUUUACAUGGUUUAUGCCAAAAAAGAGAAGAAACGAAUGCUUUUCUACUUUAUAGUCAGUUGAAAGAAGACUGUCUUGGGAUUUUCCCUUUGAACUUGUCGAGUUGUGUACUUGCUCUUUAUUUUAGAUUUUUUUUUUUUUUUUUUAUCUUGGUUUUGUAGUCUGUUUAUUUCCUAUCUUGCUUGGUUUCUGGCAUGUUUUAAUUUCCUUGUGUAUAGAAUCUUCUGUGUUUCCUUAUUCUUUCUUGUUUGUUGUAGAGGAGAAGGAGAUUGGUGAUUCGUAAUCUCUCCUUUCUGUCCUUUGCUCCUUUCAUAAAUUGACAGAGUUGGUUUACAAAAAACGCAAGAGGUCUCUAUUUGAAGCUCUUGAGAAGAUUAAAACUGGUAAGAAUUGCUGUUGAACAGGAGAAGAAAAAAAAGUUUCUUGACUUGUGAUGUUUCUGUUGUUCUUUCAAGAAACUCUGUUUUCCUUUCCACUUGGACCUGGGUGGUUGGUGCAUCAAUCACAAUCACAAUGGCUGAUCAACUGUAUUCUGGUGAAUCUGUAGAGCUUAUGGUUAUGGGUUUUAUUUCCUUACUGCUGUCAUUCUUGGGGAGCUACAUUCCCAGAAUAUGUAUUCUAGAGAACGUUUCGCAUGCAAUGCUGCCAUGCCCUUACGAAGAACCUCGUCGGAAGCUAUUAUCAAGUCAGCACAGACCAUUAGCGGCCAAUAAUGUAAUGUCGUCGGAGGACAAACCCACGACAAAGGAAGGGGAGGAGGAGCAAGGAGGUUUCUUAGGAAAGGUGAAGGAAUUUAUCAGUGACAUUGGAGAGAAAAUUGAAGAAGCCGUUGGAUUUGGGAAGCCCACUGCCGAUGUCACGGCCAUCCAUAUUCCUUUUAUAGACCUAAAGAAGGCUGACCUUGUUGUUGAUGUCCUAGUCGCGAACCCAAAUCCAAUCCCAAUUCCCCUUGUUGACAUCAACUACACAGUUGAAAGCGAUGGCAGGAAGCUCGUCUCUGGCCUUAUCCCGGAUGCAGGAACCGUCCAUGCCCAUGGAUCAGAAACCAUUAAGAUCCCAUUGACACUGAUCUAUGAUGAUAUCAAGCAAACGUACGAUGACAUUAAGUCGGGUAGUAUAAUUCCUUACAAGGUUAUUGUUGAGCUUAUUGUUGAUGUGCCAGUUAUAGGGAACAUUACACUGCCUAUGGAGAAGACCGGAGAGAUACCUGUGCCUUACAAGCCUAAUGUGGAUUUGGAGAAAGUAAAGUUCGAUCAGUUUUCUUGGGAGGAAACCAGUGCAACCCUUCACCUGAAAGUAGACAAUGAGAAUGACUUCGAUUUGGGGUUGAACUCCUUGGAGUGCGAGGUCUGGCUUGCAGAUAUGAGCAUAGGGGGAGCCCGUCUUUCUAAGUCGGCAAAUAUUAGUAAGAAAGGUCAAGGGGUUGUCGAGCUUCCAAUCACAUUCAAGCCAAAGGAUUUUGGGUCUGCAAUGUGGGAAAUGAUAAGAGGAAGGGGAACCGGUUAUUCUAUGAAAGGUUGUCUUGAUGUUGAUACCCCAUUUGGACCUAUGAAAUUGCCUUUCAAUAGAGAGGGAGGUAACACACGCCUCAAAAACUCGGAUGACAACGAUGAUGAGGACUGAACACAAUAAUCAGAGAUAAGAAUGAUAUGCUUGAGGCAUCGUGGAAACUUGUGUUGUAACUUUCUUGCUUGAUUAUUUGUUUAAUUGUUGCAACUCAACCAUGAAGUUUAGAGUUCUGGGAA